CCAUCUGGUUCGUUAAAAGGCGUGGCACGAUAGUGUCAUCGCGCGUCUCGUUUUCUCGUAUCGGAGAAAACCAAACGAAAACACAGAAAAAGAAUAAUAGGAUCGCGAUUGAUUUCACAGUCUUGCUUAAUUUUCAAAGCCUAAAAAUAAUUAGACCGAAAAAUGGGGAAGGAAAAGCAAGAAUAUCACAAAGCUUCGAAUGCCGUGGUUUUUGGUGCAUUCAUCAAUUAUGUAGCGGGUUUUCUCCUCAUCAUGGCAUUUACCAGCCCUUAUUGGAUUCAGUCGUACCAAGAAACGUUCAGUAAUUUCAAAAACAUGGGGUUAUGGGAGUACUGUUUUGAAGACUUUCGUUAUCCUCACUACCAAUUUGAUAAGAAAUUUGAAGGGUGCAGUCAUGUUUUCUCCUACGAAUAUCGCGUCAUAAGAGACUGGCUUUUACCUGGUUGGCUUAUGGUCGUUCAAGGAUUCUGUACUUUGAGUCUUUUAGCAUCUUACUAUGCUCAGGUUUUACUCGCCCUUGUCAUUGUCAGAUGGCCACUAAGAUUCGUUCUUCGCUUUGAAUGGUAUUUUUCAGCCAUAGCAUGCGUAUGCAAUGCAGCAACUGGAUUCAUGCUAUUUCUGGCAGUUUCUAUAUUUGGUGGGGCGUGCUGGAGACGCGAUUGGAUGAUGUAUCCAAAUUUUAACCAUCUCUCUUGGUCUUACGGACUGGCUGUAAUAUCGUUUAUGCUUCACUCUCUCGCUGCGUUCUUUCUGUAUCUCGAUGCACGAGCUGGUUACAGAUUACGCAAGGAAUCUCGCAAUCUUGUCGUCCAAAUGCAGCCUAAUCCUCAGAGCCACCAUGGCUCAUCCGGAUACGUAUAAUUAUACGCAUUUUCUUUUUUUUUCUCAUUCUUUUCGAACUUGUUCGUAUAACUUUUCUCGUAGUUACUUUCGAAUCCGUCCAUUUGAAAAUGAACUGUUUAUUGCAGUUUGUCUUUUGUUGCGAUUUUGUGCUUAUUACUCAAUGAGAUCGCAGUGCACGAAAUUUAAAUAUUUCACAUGGGACCAAUCUGUCCAAUUUCGAACUCUGCGUUAAUAUUUAUCAUUCUUCAUCUUUCGCGUGUUCCAUUCAGUUGCACAGAACGCAUAGAAUAGUGAAUAUAUUGCAUUUUAUGAUAUUGGGACUGAACCAAUUCGGUGCGACUGUCAAAUCCGUCCAAAAAAAAGACAAGCCUGAAUUCGCAGAGCGAACCCACACGAGGGUAAUGCUGCCUCUCGAUAAUAAUGACAUUGAAGUUUGUAACUUUUGUUUAUAAUCGACUCUUCUUUUGUUUUUGUAUUGCUGAACAUUUUUAUGCAAAGAUAGACGAAUUAAAAUUGACUUUUCUUUUUUAGUCUUUGCACUCUACGACGAAAGAAUCCACUGACAAAAUUAGUGAACUUGAAUGAGCGAAUAUCAAUUUGAAAUAUUUAUUACAGUUAUAAGAUAUAAAAAUAUCGCUAACAAAUAAAUUUACAUUACAUGCGAUACGACGAUCAGAGUUAUCGAUAACGACCAUAUCACAUAUAAAAAGUCAAUUGUAUCUGUAUACAGCGAAGAAAUAAAAUGAGAAGUAUAUUUUUUUCCAUUAA